CAGGGCAUUUCCGCGGAACCGCCGCUCCAGGAGCUCGCGCCUCUCGCGGUGGUCGAUAAGAGCGACAGUGUAUGGCACGCGAGAUUGCGCGCACGAUAUUGUUUGACGGGCAGGAAGAGUGCCAUUCGUGAAUUUUGCACGGUGAAGAGCAAAGGGAAUGGAUUCGAUACGAGACUUGAAGCGAUUGCUGUAUGAACGUACGGAGGCAUUGCGACGUCGCGAUGAAAUCGUCGAAAUACUUGAAAAGGCGCUCGAGGAACGAGACGCUACGAUCCGUUACCUCCAGAAUGAGAUCGAUAAGUUCCGGCAGAUUGUCGAGCUGAACCUAGCGUCUACUGCCAUCGAUUCUAAUCAGAGACUGAAGCGACAAGCCAUAUCGGCCGAACCUCUCAGAAGCGAUACGAAACCGGUGGUGAAGUUCACCAAGCCGCAAAGAUCUCGCGAGUUGAUCAAAACUGCCAUACUGGACAACGACUUUAUGAAAAAUUUGGAACUUACGCAAAUCCGGGAGAUUGUCGAUUGCAUGUAUCCUGUUACAUUUCCAGCUGGUUCGAUAAUUAUACAAGAGGGAGAUGUCGGCUCUACUGUCUUCGUCAUGGAGGAGGGUAAGGUCGAGGUGUCGAGGGAUGGCAAAUAUCUCAGCACUUUACAACAUGGUAAAGUAUUGGGUGAACUCGCGAUUCUUUACAAUUGCAAGAGGACAGCAACGAUCACUGCUGCGACUGAUUGCCAAUUAUGGGCCAUCGACCGGCAAUGCUUCCAAACCAUUAUGAUGAGGACCGGCCUCUCGAGACAGGCUGAAUACACGGACUUCUUAAAGAGCGUGCCAAUUUUCAAAAAUCUGCCCGAGGAAACUCUAAUCAAAAUUUCGGAUAUUUUAGAAGAGACGUUUUACAACAAUGGGGAUUAUAUAAUAAGACAAGGAGCGAGGGGUGACACAUUCUUCAUCAUCAGUAGAGGACAAGUACGCGUGACAAUAAAACAGCCCGAUACAACAGAAGAGAAAUAUAUUAGAAUCUUAAGAAAAGGCGAUUUCUUCGGUGAAAAAGCUUUACAAGGAGAUGAUCUCAGAACUGCUAAUAUUAUCGCUGAUGAUCCAGAAGGAGUGAACUGUUUGGUAAUAGACCGCGAAACGUUUAAUCAAUUAAUCUCAUCCUUGGAUGAAAUCCGAACGCGAUACAGGGACGAGUUGGUGGAACGUAGGAGAUUAAAUGAGGAAUUUCGAGAUGUAAGAUUACAAGACCUUCGGACUAUUGCGACUCUCGGCGUGGGUGGUUUCGGAAGAGUUGAAUUAGUCCAAAUUGCCGGAGACAGCACACGAUCCUUUGCUCUAAAGCAAAUGAAGAAAGCGCAGAUCGUCGAGACACGACAGCAACAGCACAUUAUGUCAGAAAAGAGGAUCAUGAGUGAAGCGGAUUGUGAUUUUGUAGUCAAGCUUUUCAAAACCUUUAAAGAUAGAAAAUAUCUUUAUAUGCUGAUGGAAGCCUGUUUGGGUGGCGAGUUAUGGACUGUUCUUAGGGACAAAGGAUAUUUUGAUGACAGUACUACACGCUUUUAUACUGCAUGUGUUGUCGAAGCAUUCGAUUAUCUGCACUCCAGAAAUAUCAUCUAUAGAGAUCUUAAACCGGAAAACUUACUUUUGGAUAAUCAAGGAUAUGUUAAACUUGUGGAUUUUGGCUUUGCCAAACGGUUAGAUAACGGAAGGAAAACGUGGACUUUUUGUGGUACACCAGAAUAUGUGGCACCGGAAGUCAUUCUAAAUAAAGGUCACGACAUAAGCGCUGAUUAUUGGUCUCUUGGCGUUCUCAUGUUUGAGUUGCUUACGGGUACGCCUCCUUUUACGGGUGCUGAUCCGAUGAAGACGUAUAAUAUUAUCUUGAAAGGAAUCGACGCUAUAGAAUUUCCUAGAUCCAUUACGCGUAACGCGAUGGCACUCAUCAAAAAGCUUUGCAGGGAUAAUCCAGCAGAACGUCUUGGAUACCAGAACAAUAUUCCUAUGAAUAUAUUCCUAUGAAUUCAUUAUAGAUGGUUCGAUGGCUUUAAUUGGGAAGGUUUAAAAACGAGAACUUUGGAACCCCCGAUAUUACCACGAGUUCAAGGCGCUACAGACACUACGAAUUUCGACGCUUAUCCAGCUGAUUCCGAUCCACCGCCACCCGACGAUAUUUCCGGUUGGGAUAACGAUUUUUAAUGCAAAAAAUAUAAAGGAUUUCUAUUUAAUAUUCGCGUUUUUAAUCUAGCAGGAAAUUGUAAUAGGACAUAACGCUCUCUCGAUUGCGAGAUAAUUGGCGACACCUGCAUUUAUUUAUACUUUUCUCAUAUCACGUGAUAUAGAGAUUAC